AAACCAACCCAGAUUUCCCCAUUCUUCUGCCUUCUCCCUUUUGACCCACUGUAGAACUCCACAUACUCUAGUGAUCAAUGGCUGACCACCACCAUGACCAUCACCACCAUCAUGAUCAUGAUCAUGGUCAUAGCCAUUUGAGUUCAGCAACACCAAAUUCAUUUGUGGGCCCAGAUGGGAAGGUGUACCAUAGCCACGAUGGGCUGGCACCACACUCACACGAACCCAUAUACUCCCCCGGGUACUUCAGCAGAAGAGCUCCACCUCUCCUCUCCAGGAAUUUCAAUGAAAGGGCUUUCACCAUUGGCAUUGGUGGACCUGUUGGUACCGGGAAAACUGCUCUGAUGUUGGCUCUGUGUAAACUUUUGCGUGACAAGUACAGUCUUGCUGCUGUGACAAAUGAUAUAUUCACAAAAGAGGAUGGUGAGUUCUUGGUGAAGAAUGGAGCACUUCCGGAAGAAAGAAUACGUGCUGUGGAAACUGGGGGCUGCCCACAUGCUGCAAUUCGCGAAGACAUCAGUAUUAACCUUGGCCCUCUUGAGGAGCUUUCAAACUUGUACAAGACCGACAUACUGCUUUGUGAAUCUGGCGGAGAUAAUUUAGCCGCGAACUUCAGCAGGGAGCUGGCUGACUAUAUCAUUUACAUAAUCGAUGUAUCUGGAGGUGAUAAAAUUCCACGAAAAGGUGGCCCCGGCAUCACUCAAGCUGACCUCCUGGUGAUAAACAAGACUGACCUUGCACCAGCAGUUGGAGCUGAUUUGGCAGUGAUGGAGCGUGAUGCACUACGAAUGCGAGAUGGAGGGCCAUUUGUCUUUGCUCAGGUGAAGCACGGGAAAGGAGUAGAGGAAAUCGUGAACCACAUAUUACAGGCUUGGGAAGUAGCAACAGGGAAGAAGCGCCACUGAAUCCGUCAUCCAUGAAGUUUGGUACCUUGUUUCGUCUGUCCCUCUACGUUGAAGCCUCGAUGAAUAAAUGUGACUUCAAUUUUAUGUCUCUUUUAUUGCACGUAAGUGGAUGUUUGACACUUCGUUGCUUCCAUCGUUUCAGUCCAGUUAUAAAUGGAGUAAGAAGGCUCCUUUGCUUCAAUGUACCUCAGUUGAGUUGUAUGUCCUAAAAGAUCAAGGCAGUCACUUUAUUGAGCUACAUAUGUCUAACAGGGGUGAUUUUCGGACUAA